CAACGGGCGCAACCUCAGAUAAGCAAACAUGGCGACGUUUCCGUUACGGACAUCUCUGUGAACUUUUUGACGCAUUCUGUUCUCUGCUGCUGUUUAUUUCUACCUCUACGCACGCUUUUUUAUUUUUAUUUAUUUAUUUAUUUUACAUGACAGACGGGCUUAGCGACGGGUACUGAGUUAAAAGCAAGACGCGGAGGUAUCGACGCUUCUACCGCUGCGAAUAUUUGAAGCAGCCCGGCCAUGGAGGAGGCUCUGGUCCUGGUUCAGAGGAUCAGCGCGCACCCGGACUCCCGCUGCUGGUUCGUCUCCUGGAGCCCGAACGGCGCCCUGCUGGCUUCAUGCGGGGGGGACAAGGCCAUCCGGAUAUGGGGACGAGAGGGAGACUUUUGGAUAUGUAAGACGGUGCUGCAGGACGGCCACCAGCGCACCGUGAGGAAGGUGGCCUGGUCUCCUUGUGGAAACUACCUGGCCUCCGCCAGUUUUGAUGCAACCACGUGCAUCUGGAAAAAGAAGAAUGAUGACUUUGAGAGUUUGACUGUGUUGGAGGGUCACGAGAACGAGGUCAAGUGCGUGGCGUGGGCCCCAUCAGGGAACCUCCUGGCCACGUGUAGCCGAGACAAGAGCGUCUGGGUUUGGGAAGUGGACGAAGAUGAAGAGUACGAGUGUGUUACUGUGUUGAACUCUCACACGCAGGAUGUCAAGCACGUGGCGUGGCACCCCACAAAGGAGCUUCUGGCCUCGGCCAGCUAUGACAACAACAUCUGCGUUUACAAAGAGGAAGACGACGACUGGGAGUGCCAGGCCACCUUGCAGGGACACACCUCCACGGUGUGGAGUUUGUGCUUCGAUGCUACCGGGGAGAGGAUGGCCUCCUGCAGCGAUGACCGCACCGUCAAGAUUUGGAAAGAGUUUCCCAGUGAGAGCGGGCCGGGCAACCUCUCCUGGAAGUGCGUCUGCACUCUGUCUGGGUAUCAUGGACGAACGGUGUACGAUGUGGCCUGGUGUCCACUGACGGGAGCGCUGGCCACUGCCAGUGGCGACGACGCAGUGAGGGUUUUCAAAGAGGACGCCGCGGCCAGUCCAGACGAGUGCGUAUUUUCGCUCGCCGCCCAGGCGACCAAGGCUCACAGCCAAGAUGUUAACUGCGUCUCCUGGAACCCGAAGGAGGCGGGCCUGCUGGCUUCCUGCAGCGACAACGGGGAGAUCGUAAUCUGGAGGUUCAAAGAGGAGGACUGAUUCUCUGGCCUUUGGAUCUGGCUUUGUCUGAAGUUUUCUUGCUUUUUUUUUUUUUUUUAUACAGAAUUCUGCUUGAUGCAAAUGUUUGUCUACAUUUAUGAUGAGAAUCCUGCUGCAAUGCACCAUGUGCUUUUGAGUUUACAUCUCAGAAAUGAGAUGAAUUGACAGUUGCUUAAAGUUUAUAUAAAUACAAAAUAUUAAACACGA